GUGAUUCUCAUUCUGACAAAGCUCUAUGACUUCAACUUGGGGAGUGUUACGGAGAGCUCGCUGUGGAGGUCUACAGACUAUGGCACUACCUAUGAAAAGCUAAAUGACAAAGUAGGCCUGAAGACUGUGCUGAGCUACCUUUAUGUCAGUCCCAGUAACAAGAGGAAGAUUAUGCUUCUUAGUGACCCAGAGAUUGAGAGCAGCAUCCUUAUCAGCUCUGAUGAAGGGGCUACCUACCAGAAGUACCGUCUGAACUUCUAUAUCCAGAGCUUGCUCUUCCACCCCAAGCAGGAGGAGUGGAUCUUGGCCUACAGUCUGGAUCAAAAGCUCUACAGCUCCAUGGACUUUGGAAGAAAAUGGCAGCUCAUGCAUGAGCGGGUCACUCCGAACAGGUUUUACUGGUCAGUGACUGGUUUGGAUAAAGAACCUGACCUUGUGCACAUGGAAGCCCGGACAGCUGACGGACACACCCACUAUUUGACCUGUCGGAUCCAAGAGUGCUCAGAGACCAAAAGGAGCGGGCCAUUUUCUCGAUCCAUUGACAUCAGCUCCCUUGUUGUUCAAGAUGAAUAUAUCUUCAUCCAGGUGACAGCUGGUGGAAGAGCAAAUUACUAUGUGUCAUACAGACGGGAGCCUUUUGCACAGAUUAAAUUGCCCAAAUACUCUCUUCCUAAGGACAUGCAUAUUAUCAGCACAGAUGAGAAUCAGGUGUUUGCAGCUGUUCAAGAGUGGAACCAGAAUGACACGUACAACCUGUAUAUCUCAGACACCCGAGGCGUGUACUUCACCCUGGCCUUGGAAAAUGUGAAAAGCAGUCGAGGACUGGAGGGGAAUAUCAUCAUUGACCUUUAUGAGGUAGCAGGGAUUAAAGGCCUAUUCCUGGCUAACAAGAAAAUAGAUGACCAAAUCAAGACUUUCAUCACCUACAACAAAGGCAGAGACUGGCGUUUACUGCAGGCACCGGACACCAGUCUAAGAGGGGAUCCUGUAGUUUGCCAGCUGCCUUUUUGCUCAUUGCACUUACAUCUGCAACUCUCAGAGAAUCCAUAUACUUCUGGAAGUAUUUCCAGCAAAGAGACAGCUCCUGGACUGCUUGUGGCAACAGGCAAUAUUGGCCCUGAGCUUUCCUACACUGAUGUUGGUGUGUUCAUCUCUUCUGAUGGUGGAAAUUCCUGGAGACAGAUCUUCGAGGAGGAAUACAAUGUGUGGUUUCUGGACUGGGGAGGGGCACUAGUGGCCAUGAAACACACGUCAGUGCCUAUCCGGCACAUGUGGGUGAGUUUUGAUGAGGGAAGAUCCUGGAGUAAAUACAGUUUCACAUCAACACCACUUUUUGUGGAUGGAUCCCUUGUAGACCCUGGCAUAGAGACCCAGAUAAUGACAGUUUUUGGGCACUUCAGUCUCCGUUCUGAAUGGCAGCUGGUCAAGGUGGACUACAAGUCUGUCUUCAGCCGGAGGUGUAACAAAGAUGACUACCAAACCUGGCAUCUGCAUAAUCAGGGGGAGCCUUGUGUCAUGGGAGAGAGGAAGAUCUAUAAAAAACGCAAGCCUGGAGCCCAGUGUUCCUUAGGUCGGGACUAUUCCCAAACUGUGGUGUCUGAACCAUGUGUCUGCGGUCAAGGAGACUUUGAGUGUGACUAUGGAUAUGAGAGACACAGUAACAACCAGUGUGUCCCAGCCUUCUGGUUCAGCCCGUCCUCCCUGUCCAAGGAUUGCAGCAUUGGUCAGAGCUACUUGAACAGCACUGGGUACCGAAGGAUUGUGUCUAACAACUGCACAGAUGGCUUGCGAGAGAAGUACAUGGCCAAGAUGGAGAAAUGCCCUGGGAAAGCACCUCGGGGACUGCACAUCCUCACUACUGAUGGAAAGUUGGUCAUGGAGCAGGGACACAAUGCCACCUUCAUCAUCCUUAUGGAAGAGGGUGAUCUCCAGAGGACAAACGUUCAGCUUGAUUUUGGAGAUGGCAUUGCAGUAUCCUAUGCUAAUUUCAGCCCUGUUGAGGAUGGCAUCAGGCAUGUGUAUAAGAGUGCUGGAAUCUUUCAGGUGACAGCAUAUGCAGAGAACAGCCUGGGCUCUGACACUGCUGUCCUCUUUCUGCAUGUGGUCUGUCCAGUGGAGCAUGUCCAUCUCAGUGUCCCCUUUGUCGCCAUCAGAAACAAGGACGUCAACAUCACUGCAGUAGUUUGGCCCAGCCAGGCAGGCACGCUUACCUACUUCUGGUGGUUUGGCAACAGCACCAAGCCCCUCAUCACCUUGGAGAGCAGCGUCUCAUACAUCUUCGCUGCGGAGGGGAUGAACACUGUCACUGUGCAGGUUUCUGCGGGCAACACCCUCAUCCAGGACACCAAGGAAAUCGCAGUGCAUGAGUAUUUCCAAUCUCAGCUCCUGUCAUUUUCUCCCAACUUGGACUACCAUAACCCUGACAUCCCUGAAUGGAGACAAGACAUUGGAAAAGUCAUCAAGAGAGCUCUAGCACAGGUGACCGGUAUCCCUGAUGAACAGAUCUUGGUAGCUGUAUUUCCUGGGCUGCCUACUUCUGCUGAACUCUUCAUACUGCCCCAUAAAAACACAACAGAGAGAAGGAAAAGCAGUGACGCAGAUCUGGAGCAGGUGGUAGAAAUCCUUUUUAAUGCUCUCAAUCAGAACCUGGUCCAGUUUGAACUGAAGCCUGGUGUUGAAGUCAUUGUGUAUGUUACUCAGUUAACAUUAGCACCCCUUGUUGAUUCCAGCACAGGUCAUAGCAGUUCGGCAAUGCUGAUGUUGUUGUCUGUGGUAUUUGUAGGCUUGGCUGUUUUUUUAAUCUACAAAUUCAAGAGGAAAAUUCCUUGGAUUAACAUCUAUGCCCAAGUUCAGCAUGACAAGGAGCAGGAAAUGAUUGGCUCUGUCAGCCAAAGUGAAAACACCCCCAAAAUUACUCUGAGUGAGUUCACAGACCCUGAGGAGCUGAUGGACAAAGAGCUGGACACACGAGUGAUGGGAAGCAUCUCAACAAUUGCCAACAGUGAAAGCACAAAGGAAAUCCCCAACUGCACUAGUGUUUAA